AUGUUAAGUUUAACGUACGUACUGUUAUUAAGCUUGGCUUGCGGACUCGUUUCAGGGCAAGACUUUAACUGCCCGGCGAAGAGCGGAUUUUACCCGGACCCCUACCAAUGUGACCUUUAUUACAAAUGCUCCAAAGGUGUAGCGGAAGCUAAACUAUGCCCUGAUGGAUUAGUAUUCUCUGACGAACACACAAACAAGGAGCUAUGCGACAUCCCGUCCAACGUCGACUGUGGAGACAGAAGAGAGCUACAAGAACCAAAGCCAUCAAAAGGUUGCCCGCGACAGAACGGAUAUUUCAAGCAUCCCGAUCCUCAAGCAUGCGACAAGUUUUACUAUUGUUCGGAUGGUAUUCCUAAUGAACAUCCCUGCCCACCCGGACUGUACUUCGACGAGGAAAGCUCCAAUUGUGACUGGAAAGAAUCGGUCUCACGAACAUGCGAGCAACUCACCAAAGAUGUCCUCGACGACGGUUUCACCUGUCCCGACGGAGAAGUAAUGGGUCCCAACGGGCGCUCGCUGCCACAUCCCACUUUCCCGCACCCCGAAGAUUGUCAGAAGUUCUACAUCUGCCGGAAUGGCGUACAGCCCCAGAAAGGCAGCUGUCCGGACGGAAAGGUCUACAACGAAGACACAUUCACGUGCGACAACCCGGAAAAAGUCUCUGGAUGUGAAAACUACUAUGAAGGCCAACCACAGGAAAAGAAUAAGUUACCGAAGAAGGCG